AUGUACACCCAACGCCCCCUGGCAUAUGCCCCUACUCCCUACAGCUACACCCCGAACCCGGCCCGGUCGGCCUCCAUCAAUCUCGACGAGGAAGUCAAACUCGCAUCCAGCUCAGCACAGCGCGACCUGUACGAGUCAUUAGCAGAAAUAUACAGCAUCAUCAUCACACUCGACGGCCUCGAGAAAGCCUAUAUCAAAGAUGUCGUGACGGAGGCCGAAUACACGGAGACCUGUACCCGGCUCCUGAAGCAGUACAAGUCGAGUCUGGGCGAUGAUACCGUCGCCCGCGAAUUCGAUGACCUGGAGACGUUCAAGCGGACAUGGGGGUUGGAAUGCCCCCGCGCUACCGAACGCCUCCGCAUCGGUCUCCCGGCGACAGUCGAGCAAGCCACGCACAGCGCCCCCACCGCGGCGAUCGGGCCUUCAGCGUCGGGCACCGUGGGCGGCACAUCCGGUAGUCUGAUUCUCACGGCUACGGAGAAUUUCAUCACUUUCCUGGAUGCGCUGAAGCUGAACAUGGUGUCGAAGGAUGCGCUGCACCCGCUGCUGAGCGAGGUCAUCCAGUCGGUCAACAAGGUGACGGACGGGGAUUUCGAGAACCGGGGCAAGAUCAUCCAGUGGCUGAUUACACUGAACCAGAUGCGGGCGACGGAGGAGUUGAGCGAGGAGCAGGCGCGAGAGUUGGCAUUUGAUAUUGAGCAGGCUUAUCAAGGGUUCAAGUCGACUGGGAGCGAUAAUGGUACUGAUAAGAUCGCAGUGCUCGACCUCCCCCAAAUCUACACCAAACCGUCCGGCACCGAACUCCUCCGCGCCCUAGACGUCCUAGCGAUCAAACCACGCAGUUUCACUACCCGAGCUGCUGACGAGCCGGAAAAGGCCCAGACUGUCCUGCCGGCGGGCGUCACUCGGUAUCUGACGUCUAUCAUUUCGAGUCCGUUAUCAUGGUUGGAGACCGAUGAGCUCCGCGAGGCGGUUUGGGAUGCAACGGGUGCGAGACUGAGCGAGCGGUCAGGGCGAACAGCAAUGCCUUCCAUGUCCCGCGUAUUCACAGUCCCCAGCCCAUGGGGCGAAGAACUCACCCUCACGCUGCACGAGCCCUCCCUAACAGCCGACAACCUGGGCAUGAAGACGUGGGUGUCGUCGUACCUGCUCUCCCAGCGCCUGCACUCUCUCCUCGAGCCCGCACCGCAGCUGGUUCCUACAACAUCUACAACGCCCAAGACCAGCGGCGACCGCACGCUGCGCGUCCUCGAGCUCGGCGCAGGAACAGGCCUGGUAGGCCUCAGCCUCGCCGCCAUCCGCGGACACUCAGCCACAGUGCAUCUGACAGAUCUUCCCGUGAUCGUGCCCAAUCUCGCGCACAACGUCGCGCUCAACGUGGAGAUGUUGGCGAAAACAGACGCCACCGUUACGACGGGCGUGCUCGACUGGUCCGUUGACCCCGACCCGUAUCCCACAGCAGACGACCAGUACGAUGUCAUCCUGGUGGCGGACCCGCUGUACUCGCCUAGUCAUCCGCGGUGGUUGGUGAACACGAUCGGCCACUGGCUUAGUCGCGGGCUCGACGCGCGGGUCGUCGUCGAGAUGCCGCUGCGCGAUGCGUACGUGCCGCAGCGGAGGGAGUUCCGGGAGCUGAUGCGCGAGCUGGGGCUCGCGGUCGUCGAGGAGGGAGAGGAGGUCGGGUACGAUGAUUGGGAGACGGCGGAUGGCGGGGCUCUGGCUACUACACCAACCGGCAUCAUGGUCAUAGGCCUCCUCACACUAACAGCCAUACCGACGGUGACGGGCUGCGCGAUGGGCGUCAGCGAGCAGCGCAAGGCCAACGAGCGCAAGAACGACGCGCGACGCAUGGCCAAGUUCCACAUCGACGUGGAGUGCAGAGACGGUGCGCAGACGGAGGAAGAUGACGAGGUACAGGGACGGAGAUUGGUACUACGGGCUGAUCAGAAGGUCUACCUCUCCGACCCAACAGUCCCCUCCCACACAGCGACCACAUUCUACAUCGAAUACCCCGAGCUUGAAGAAACGAAGCACCUAAAGCGCGGACUCGGCCUGGUAACAUCUAUAUCAGACAAUCCGCCCAUGCUGGGCUGGAUCUACGUCAACAAGGACACGCACGAGCUGAAGUUCGGGAACCGGACGGACAGCGUAAUGCAGAUUCCUGCGCCGUGGGACUGGACGGACGAGGAGCGGACGGUGACGCUGGAGGAUAAGAAGAGUUUUUUCGCGGUGGAGGAGGAUGGUGGGGGGUGGGCUUUGUAUUUUGAUCGUGAUGGGGAUGAGUUGGAGAGGGUGCUGGAGGAGCAGGGGAAGUUGGAGAAUCGGUUUGCACCGGUUGUGUUUAGGAGGAGGUUGAUUGAGGUGCCGUCGGCGUAG